CUACAGGUCGCGGCAAACAUGGUCACGUGACAAAAUGCACAUUUUGAGUUGGUUGUAGGAGAAGAGUUAUCGAAAAUAUUGUACAUACAUAUUUGUAAAUAGUGGUUGUGGCUUUGAUAAAGUAUGAAGGAGAUAAAGUCUAAGACGAUUACUGCAUCAGACAGUAGUCAUGUCUCACAGAAACACUCCAAGGCUACAGAGGAACAAAUAAGGUAUGCGAAACUGUCACAAUCAAAUCCAAAAGAAGAGGCAAAAGUGCAGGAAAAGAUAAAAGAGAUACAAGAAUUUACACGCAAACCUCCUGAUAUAAUAAUGAUCGCGCUUCAUGACAGUAACUAUGAUACCAAUGUCACUAUUCAAAAUAUUCUCGAGGGACGAUACGAUGAUGAUCAGGGUGAAUGGCAAACAACUAAUAAGAAGGGCAAAAAGCCUGGAAUAAUACAGUCAACCACAACCUCUGGAAAUCAUCUUAAUACCACUGAGCCGAAUUUUAACCAGAACAACAAUAUAACUAAUUCUGAAAGUCUGGAAGAUCAAGACCAGAAACCAUCAACAAAGCCUGUACGAUCCUCUAGAGGUGGUAAUUCCAGAGGUCGUUCAUCAUCAUCACGUAACUGGCGUAACGAUGAAAAAACUCCUACAGAUGAAAAGUUUGACCUUCCACACAAUAGAGAAGGAUCAAGAGAAAGAAACCGUUCCACAAAUGAUAGAGGGCGUGGUAGGGGUAGAGGAAGAGGUGUGAGAGGUGGUGCUGGAGUGGCGAGAGGAUCACGUGGUGGUCGAGGAGGAGGAGGCUUUGGAUCAAGAGGAGGUGCAAAUAGAGGAUCCCGUCAACAACGGGGGACAAAUAGAGGAGGAUUUUCAAAACCAGGUGAUCACAAAAAAAUAGAAAAUGGUGAUAUUGGGACUAGUGAAGAAUCUUGGGAUGUCGAGGUUGAGACUGUAGAUAAAAAAACAGAAGAUUGGGGGGAAGAAGCUGUUGCUGACUCCAACUGGUCCUCCAAGGGUAACUGGGGUGAUGAGCCUGAUGCUGGAACAGGGACAAGCCUGUUUUCAAACGAUUUAAAUUGGUCUCAGAUGAAUGGCAAGGAGUCUGCAAGUUGGGAUGAACCAAGUAGCAUUCCCAAAGAUGACAAGGAAAAAUAUUUACCUGAAAAUGUUGAUGCGGCAGUAAUUCGGUCAGUUCCUACUUCAUCAACAUCUGGCGAAGUCACCUCGUACCAACCAACAAAUGAUUUAAGUCGAUACAUGAAUGCAGCAAGCAAUCAAUUCCCAUCAAGCCAUCAGGAAGGUGGGUUAACCAGCAGUCUGAAUGAUCGAGCAUUUCCUCUCCCGUCCAGUUCUGUGGCUUCCGAUUCAGUCAAUCGGACAGUUGCUUCAAUGCCAAUGAUAUCGGGAGUCACCGAAAGUCAUAAGCUGGAACAGGAACAGUUAAAGCCGCAACGAAUGAGCAAACCUCGAAAGUCUCAAAAUAAGUUCUUUCAACUGCCCAAGCAACCUGUCGUCAUGCCUCGUUCAGCACAAAUGGUCAAUGACAUAAAAGAUCAAUUUGCUGGUCUAGAAUUUGGCAGUGGACCAAUAAGCCCGAGAAAAGUAGAUGACAGCUCAGCUGUUGUUAUGCCUAGUUUAAGCAGUUCAUCUGAAGUGACAAGCAGUAGAACAGAACUAACUGACGUAUCUUCAAGACAUGUCGUAGCUUCUUUGGAAAACGAGCCCUUACUAACUCAAUCAUCACAAGGAUUACAAUCGCAACCAGUGAUUCCUUCAUCGCCAGCCAAACUAGAACCUACAAGUACAUUGUCAACUUCAAAGAGUGAUAUGCCGAAAACUCCACCAGGUUUUAAACCUCUAGAAAAGCAGGCAGUUCCACGUUAUAUGGGAUCCCCCGGAAGGGGGAUAAAUCAUAUGGGGCCUGAACCUAUUCCAUUUCCUCCAUCAACGUCUCAUACAUCUCCGACUAACUCAUCUUCUUUGAAUGUGUUUUCUCGUGGUGGUGGCUUGGGAACAAGUGUGAACGAACACCAGAAUUUCCCAGACCAGCAGGUUUAUGAUGACAGAGAGCAGAACUUAAAUGCUGAGAAAGUCUUGGCUGAGCAAAGGGCGUUAGCUGAAAAGCAAUACUUUGCUGAUCAUCAAAGGGCGUUGUCCGAGCAUCGUGAACGCGAAAGAAUGAUGGCUGAUCAGAGGGCAUUUGUGGAACAGAAAUCAUUGGCUCAACAAACGUUGUUAUCUUCCAGUGACAACUCAAGGUCUCUAGAUCUAACCGAUAUGAAAAACGGUUCCGAUACGCGAACAGGCUUGAAUGAUUCUAGUGGAGAUAAUACGAAGCCGCCUAAGAACGAUGUUAACUAUCUAUCGAAUAAGCUACAUGGGAAUUCUGCGACGUCAUCUCCAUCAAGUCAUCAAUCGUCGUAUGCGUCUAAUUCAACAGUGUCAAAUGAAAUGUUGGGUCUAACAACUGCGACUGGAGUUCAAACGACAGCAAAAGCACAAAACUCUUCCAAUAAAGUGACGGGUGCACCUCCUGGUGUUGUACCUCCCAUGAAUAUGUAUCCUGGUGUCCAACCUGGCAUGAUUCCAGCUUAUCAGCACCAACCUAUACAUGGAUACAACUAUGAAGAAAUGCUAAUGCAAAGACAGCUCGUUUCUCCGUAUGCUUACGAUAUGUCUGUGUUCCAAGCGGCUGCUGCUGCAUCUGCUGGUGUGAAUACGACACGAGAGGGCUUGCAGGCGUAUCAAGGUACAGAUCCGAAAUUCACACGCGGUACGGAUGAAUCGUCCCCUGUUAGUCUACAGCAAGGUAGUCAUCAUGUGGCUGCAGCAGCUGCACACCAACAGGCAGCUUACUUGAAUGCUACUGGUCAAAUACCAUUUGGUUACACAUAUACAUACCAACCUGGCGUUGUACCCACUGGUGGGGUUUACCCAACUUUUACUGCACCAUCUGGCAUGUACCAGGUACCACAGGGAAAGGGUGUUGGCGGUAACCAGUACCCGUCUCAAUAUCAAGGCCACGCCCAACAAGGUGUGUACAGCUCUAAAUAUUCAAGCUCUGUCAACCAUGAUUUUAAUAAGGCGAGUUACCAAACAGGAUUGUCUCAGCAAGGCAAAGUAUCGCACAAUGCCACUAGUAGUCCAAUUCAGGCAACGCCUCAACCAUCCCAGCAAUCUGCCUUUAAGACACAGUACACCCAGGACAGCAAAGGAUUUCUUGGUAACAGUCCCACUUCUGCAAACAUUCACAUGCACAACCAAGCACAUUUGAGCAACAUGAGUCAUUACUUGUUGCAGCAACCUGUUGGAGCCACCCAUAUGGGUCACCCCCAUCAUCAGCAGCACGUGGACCCUGCCACCCACCGCAAUCAAGUCCAUCAGAUGCAGUUUAAUGCCAAUCAGGCGAAGAGAGAUUCCAAAGUGCCGUAUCAGUCUUACUGGUCUGCCAACCGUUAGAAAAGAUGUCCGUUGUGAAGACAAAAUACGUAUAUGUUGGCUUAGGAUAGCCGGUUUAUUUCUGGCUGCAAGGAACUGUAAAAUCUUUUUGAAAAUUGUUAAAACUGCUUUCUCUGUAUAUCUGCUUUAGAUUGAGUAAAAAUUAAAUACAAAAAAUGCAUGUACAUGUUUUUCUCUGACAGAUCUUUAAGUUUAAAAAAAAAUAAUGUAUUAAUGCUUGUAAAAUUAUUAUACGUCACUUGUUGGUUUAAACGACGUCGUUAUGUUAUGACGUUAAUUUGAUGUCGUUUUUUUUCUUAUAUUUAAUUUAGCUGCCUUGACAUUUUUAUUGAUUUUGUUUCGUGUGACGACGUCAACAAAUUCGAUUUCGUCGGGAAAUUGUUCGAAAUUAAUACGACUAAUCUGACGCGUCAUGUAGUAGUUCAUCGUCGUUUUUAGCUUGGUAUUUUGUUCAGUUUGUGUUUUUAGGAUGUUGCGUUUCUCAUUUUUUUCUCUCUCUCUGACUCAUAAAUUUCAUGUUUAGAUCUAGCAAGAUUUUUUUACUUGUUUAAAAGUAUAGGAUAUUGUUGAAGACAUUUGAAAACUUAAUUUAUGAAAAUGCGUUUACUUCUGUAUCAUAUACGACACCGGCUUUAAAUAUUUGGACUUUUUUAGUACGAAAGAGAAACAAAAUAUGCAUUCUAUCGUAGUUUAGUAGCAUUUGUAAAAAAUCUGGUUAAAAUACAAAAAAGAUACACUUUCACAA